GAUGCCCAAGAUAGUUUUGCGCCUCCCCAUCCAUCACAUCCUUGUCUGAUGAGGACGUCGUGCUCCGCCCGCUCCAUCAGCAGCGGCCGCCGGCUCAUGCUGGCGCGGGCGAACGCCGGCCGGCCUUCGACGGAGCCGCUCUUCUCCUUCGGCGUCAUCACGGACGUGCAGUACGCCGACAUCCCGGACGGCCGGUCCUUCCUCGGCGUGCCGCGCUACUACCGCCACAGCCUCGCCGUCCUCCGCCGGGCGGUCCGCAGCUGGAACGCCCACGGGGGCGUCCGGUUCUGCGUCAACUUCGGCGACAUCGUCGACGGCUUCUGCCCCCGGGACCGGUCGCUGGCGGCGGUGCGCGCCGUGGUGCGCGAGUUCGACGCCUUCCGCGGCGGCCCGGCGUACCACAUGCUCGGCAACCACUGCCUGUACAACCUGCCCCGGGACGAGCUCGUGUCGGAGCUGCGGAUGCCGGCGCUGCCGGGGCGCGCCUACUACGACUUCUCGCCGUGGCCCGGGUACCGGUUCGUGGUGCUGGACGCCUACGACUUCAGCACCGUGGGGCGGCCGCGGGGCGACCCGGUGGCGGCGGCGGCGCGGCGCUUCCUGGAGGCGCGGAACCCGAACCGCGAAAAGAACAGCCCGGCCGGGCUGGAGGGCGCGGCCCGGCGGUUCGUCAUGUUCAACGGCGGCGUGGGCGCCGCGCAGCUGCGGUGGCUGGACGCCGUCCUCCGCGGCGCGGCGGCGCUGGGGGAGAAGGCCGUCGUGUGCAGCCACCUGCCGGUGCACCCGGCCGCGGCGUCGCCCACGGGGCUCAUGUGGAACUACGAGGACGUGGCGGCCGUGGUGCGGCGGCACGAGGGGUGCGUCGUGGCGUGCCUCGCCGGGCACGACCACAGGGGCGGCUACGCCGUGGACGACCAAGGCGUGCACCACCGCACGCUGGAGGCGGCGCUCGAGUGCCCGCCGGGCACCGACGCCUUCGGCCGCGUCGAGGUGUACCCCGACCGCCUCCGCCUCGUCGGCUCCGACAGAAUGGCCAGCACGGAGAUGCCGCUCAACUCCAGCUCCAGUGAUGAUGAGUGCCACCUGAUAGGGUGAUCUAUCUAUCUAUACCUGCACUGCACUGCAUCAACCAGACAGACGACCAAUGUACACAUCCACUGCAAUGAUGAAAAUGAUGAGCAACUCGUGCAAUUGGCAGUACUGAUUGAACGAACACUGUUAUGUACCACUUUAAUGUUCUAGUAACUCAUCUUUCACACCUCCUGAAAUUCAGAUGCUUGAACAAUCCAGUCAGUCAGUACGUCUGGACAA